AUGGCGUCAGGUCCUGGUCCUGGCUUGUCUACUGCAGUAAAAUCAUUAUUAUCUGCGUCUUAUUCAUCUUUCAACAAAAACGAUUUACCAAAUUUGACAAAAGGCAUUUUGAAAAGUGAAAACCACAUAUUUGAACACGAUGAAGAAUAUGAACCAUUUUACUCAUCAUUUGUGGCACUGGCCACCCACUUUCUCAGUGCCAGUUCAUCAAACUUGUCAAAGUCUGAUUUGUCUCAGACGACAUCAGCAUGUCAAGUGUUGUUGCGCUUCCUGCUGCAGCGACUGCAAACACACAGUGAGAGCUGCACCAUUUCACAGAAAUAUCUGAUGAUUCUGAUCAAAGGUCUUUGCAAGGGAAAUGGGUGUUUACCUAAGGCUGAUGUUGUGACAUUUGCAUCUAUGCUGAAGUCUGCAGAGCGACCAUCAAAUAUUAUUGAAGACGGAGAAGAAACGAAGAGCAAGGAAACGAAGCUACCUCGCCUGGACACAGGAAGUAACCUGUUUGACCAGCUCACCUCGGUGUUUGACGAGGUCUCGUCCACAAGUACUUCGAAAUCAGAUGGACCGGUGGAAGUUGUCGGGAGUGACGGGGUCACGACCGUGAUGCACGUCAAUGAUGCCGUGGAGGAGAUGACGGCCAUAUUUGCGCGGAAGAACACGCAGAUUCUCCUGCAGCUAGACGGAGCUAGCAUUCUGCUCGAUGCGUGCUCACACCUGGUGUUCCUCGGCAAAUACAUGCAGAGAGUGAAGGAUGCCAUUGCUGGCAAGACAUUUCUCAUGCCUGGCACACUGUCAGAGGCAUUGACCACUCGGAACAGCUUCCAGUCACUACUGAGCGACAUAUCCAUUGUGUGGCGAUCAUUCUCACUGCCUGCUUUGGAACCACUGACACCCAAAAGGCUGGAUAAGAUUGUGAACAUUACACUGAGCUGUUUGUAUGCCUCAGUCACUGUGGCGAUGGCGAACACCAUUGUCAACAUGGUGAAGCCGAUGUCAGCCAGUCAGCCGUCUGGUUCUAAGGAUGAAGAGAUUGACAGCUAUGGACGAAACAUUGUACAGAAAACGUUGGAGAUUUUCAAUUCUGUUUCAACGACUAUUCGGAAUUCCACACGUGGAGGUGGAAAUGUUGCUCAAAAUCUGAAUCUUCUGGCUGUGUGGAUCCUACUCAAGGGUCUGCAGGGGAUUAUGGGACUGACCCCUGCCAUGAUCCUGGAACGAAAAGACUACGCCAAAGGAAGGGAUGGUGGACAAAAAGCCAAGGAUUCUGGGUCACAGCAAAGAUCAAGCACUGCAAAGAGUGCAUUUCAAGGGUUUGGGGUCCUGGCUGUGGCACUGGGUACUCGUGCAGUCCAGCUACUCACUGCCCUAAUGGAUGAUCUACAGAUAGAAGGUUGUCAUGGAGAUCUUGAGACAUCGAUUUCAGAAAUGCAUCCUGGUAUGGAUGUGACAAUAUCCAAGUCACUGGUUGCUUGGUUACGUGUAAAGAAACUGAUGGCCCGAGUCAGUCUCACCGACUUGCUCUUCAAUCUGGUUACAGUGUCAUUUAAGAAGGCGGUUUUGCUCAAGAGACUGAAGCAGGGUUCAGAGACCUCGGAGACGAGUAGCAGCAGUACAUCGGAUUCGAACACCUUCUAUGAGGACGAUUUCAGCACUUCCGACAACAGCAGUGAGGAAGAAGAUGAUGAUUCUGAACCUAUUCUUGGACACUGGUUUGAAGAAACCCUCUCCCCAGUUGACUCGCUGGAUGCUACAGUUGCUACACCGCACACCCCCAGAGGGGAGGGGACUGCCUCUGAGAGUAAGAGAAAUAGACACCAUAGCAAUGGAGACACUCCUCACUUCAUUCCAGACAAGAGAGAACCUGAUGGGUUUACAUCUUUAGCAAGCAGUGUCCUGAACUUUCUCAACAAGUACUUUGUAUGUUCAACCGAUGACGAGAUUCAGAGACUGAUGAAGAAAUACCUCAAUGAAGACCAUGUGAACAACUUGUCGACACUCAUCAAGGAGCUGGACAAAGAAUGUGCUCGGCCUGCAAGUGGUAAGAACUCCACAAAAAAGUGUUUUGAAGAUGUGUCCGUAGCCUUGGCUAGAUUGAACCACAGUCUGAUAGCAUCCGAGUGUUUGUCGGAAAACCUACAGGAUAAUCUGCUGGUGCAGCUUGGAGUGAGUCCGAACUCUGUGGACCCGUGGCCGCUGACUGUGCACACUCACACCCUGGCGGUUCUCGCAGAGGUCAUUCUGCUCAAACAGCAGAAAGAACGGGAAACCAAAACCAUGAAGAGUCAGAGCGAUUCGUCCGUCAGUGGAAUAUGGGUGCGCUUCAUAGCAACACUCAGAGCAGAGAUUUCUUCAUGUAACAAGGGAGAACUCACAGAAGACAUCAACGUUGAGCACAUGCAGCUGCUGCUGUUCCUCUUCCAUAGUCUGCAGCUGAUGCCGAAGAAGACGAUUCUCCUGCAACUGGCACAAAGCAUCAUGAGCUUGUCACAGAUUCCUCAGAGUAAGCUGGAGACGACUGUCCCACUCAUUUUGAGUCGAAUGCUCCUGGUCUUUGAUUACCUCCUGCACUACUUCUAUGAUCCUCCAGCUGCCCUCAUCGAACAGGUUCAGUGGAAUCUGUUUACAAUCCACACAUUUUCCCAGUCAACGGACCGAGAUGCAGUGCCCCAGACAAGAGCCAGCCAGUACUUCCACUGUCGAGAGGUGGAGGACAACUUCAGAAAGAACUUGACAGCACAGGAAACCAAUGAAGUUGGAAUCUUCACACCUCGUUUCUAUAGUCUUGGCCCAGGAGACCUCAGCAACCAGGAUUCCCCGAAGAUUGAUGGUCUAGCAUGCAAUAUAUUGCUGUCAAACCGGGACAGUCUGGACUACAAUGAGUUGUACGACCUGUGUAUCAGUCUUCUGAUGGCAGGAUCACGCUGUGACAAAACAAAAGGGAAACUCACACUGCUGGAUGCCUCGGCCAUGCACUAUCAUUUUCUCUUACUGUGGCGCCUCUUGGCAUGCUUGCCGCCAUCGUUCCAGUACAUAAAGAGUUUGGAACAGGGAACCAUGAAGAUGACAAACGGCCACCUGCUGCACACACUGAGGUGGGCUCCUCGCUUGGGACACAAAGUCUUUUCAGGAUGGAUCAAGGACUGCUUGGUGAAACAAGGACUGACAACAGCGCUGGCCGAAACGAUGCUCACAUCAGCUGCCAAAGCAACAAACAACAUUAGUUUUGAUGUGACACUGGCCACAAAUUUCAUCAACGAGCAGAUUUCUGCUUUGCCAAAAGAACGAGACAUUCUGCCAUUGUCGGAACUUCCUGGUCUGUCGUCCAUAUUAAUUAUGGAUGCUGUGAUUGCCAAGGUGGAAGUUGGACUUGAUGACGCUUUCAACAAGGCUUCGGCUGAUAGCGAUCCACACAACACAAUGGAUAUUGCUGAGGAGUUGAUUCCGAAAAUGUAUCAGCUGAUAGAGGCCUACACACUCUACGUCAGGUCGUGUGUGCUGGGUGAAACGGCGGAGACUGACAAUCAAAGUAUGAGUCGUCACAGACUGAGAGCGUACGCCACUGUCAUGAGCAUUGCCUCCAACCGGUCGUCCAAGGUCUCCGCACUCGGAAACAAGAUCAUGAAGUAUUUGCCAAGUCCACUAAGAAAUGCUGUCGAGAAAUGGAACACCAAUGCUGGAAAUGAGUUUCCAGGAACUGGUGCCUGGAAAAACUCCAAUGAAAUUUUACCGUGUGAGAACUACAUGGAUGCCAUCCACAGUGCGCACUUGGUGACCCUGUCUGGCCAGGCGACGUUCAGCAUCAACACCUCUCUCAGACACGCCCUGCAGUCUCUCGUCAAGAUAACCAACGACCUUGUCACGUGGUGCCCGGAUACUACUCACAGUCGUGAGUUUGUGCGCGUCAUGUUUCCGCUGAUGUACGAUGUCACCACAGAGUACCUUGUGGACAUUGUUUCUGAGUCACUUGAAAAGUUCCUAGGCCACGCAGAUAGUGAGGAUUUCUCUCUGCGAAUGUACGAGUAUGUGAUUGCUGCCUGUCACAAGCUUCUUGUGGAGUACUCUGACUCUGAAAGUGGUCUUGAUGAGAAGAUAUUGCUGGACUGCCUCAAGUACAUGGAGUACUUCUUGGAGAAAUCAGCUGGAAGGAAGGCAUUUGAGAAAUUCUAUUCAGAACAAGAAGAUUUGUACAAAGUCCUGCUGUGUUUAGAGAGAGAAAAUCUGUCCUCAGUGUUUGCAGCAAACAUGCUCAAGUUCUUCAACAACUUGUUCCAACUAGCGGAGGAGAAUCCCGAUGACAAGAGUUACUCAAAACUGUGUGCGUCCUUGUCGCUGCUCGCCCUGGUCAAGAAACACCACCUGCAGAAGCUGCUCUCUAAAAUCAUCUCCUGCACAGAAGAGGAAUGUGAAGAAGACAGAAGCAUAAAAGAGAAUCGAAUGUGGCUGCGCAGUCUUACUGUUUUCAUUGUUAAAGAGAAGAGCUUGGUUGGGGAAGAAGUCAGUGAGGCUAUCCUUUCCUCCUUGAUUCCAAUGGGCGGCCCCCUUCUCUCGGACCCAGAGGGUGACAUAUCUGGAUUCCAAGAGCUGAUGGUCAUCAUGAGAAUGCUGGCUGGAGCUGGGCAAGGUCAAGGUCAUGUGUCCCUCUUCAAGGCUGCAACUGAGUGGAUAGAAAUUUGCAAAACAUUUAUGGCCAAACCAGAAAUAAUGGAGAAGGCACUGACCAAUACAGGAAAAGGAAAGGAUUUGUUGGAGACUCUCUGCAGCCUUCUGUCCUAUGUUGGGAAAAUACUGGGAGCUUUGAAAAAGUCAUCAGACAGAACUGGAACUGCGUCUCCCCCUCUUGACACGGACAUUGGACAGUUACCUGACAUUGACCCCGAGUGGACUGAGGACAUCGCUCAGGAGGAGGAAGAUUCGGCAGAAGAAGACUCGGAUGAAGAAUCCCUGAACAACAAACUCUGCACAUUCACCAUCACCCAGAAAGAAUUUAUGAACCAACACUGGUAUCACUGCCACACCUGUAAGAUGGUUGAUGGAGUCGGAGUGUGUACGAUCUGUGCUAAGGUGUGCCACAAGGACCAUGACCUGACGUAUGCAAAGUUUGGAUCCUUCUUCUGUGACUGCGGAGCAAAAGAGGACGGAAGUUGCAAGUCUCUGGUUAAGCGGACGGCCCAGAGUGGACUAGACUGCAGCGGCAGUGGUUCGGCCCAGUCCCCAUUCUCCAUGGACACCACUCACCCAUCCCUGCUGCGGCGCCGUCUCUCGUCCCCCUGUCUCGAGGAGAAGACCAUGGAGGUGAUCAAGAACACGGAACAGAGCAACAAGUCGAGGGAGACACUGUGUGAGCAGAUUGAGAGAUUCAAAGAUGUUCUUCUAAGCCAUUUGGAGUCUUCGAGUACUGUGCAGUCUGUACUCGAGAUGAUGGAGCAGAUAAUACCACCGCUGACGGCCAACUACCAAAACUUGUCACCCAUGGGCAGCACCGCACGUGCUCAGAAGGCACUGGAGGAUCUUCACAUACGGGGAAAGAAAAUAGAAACAACGUCUGAUCAGCUGAUGACUGUGACACUGGGUUCUCAAGAAGGAGCCUUUGAGAAUGUGAGGAUGAACUACAAUGGAGAACAAGGGCAGACAAUCCGACAGCUGAUCACGGCCCACAUGAUACACCGUGUGGCGAUGUGCGUUCUCUCGUCUCACCACGGCAAGCGACAACAUCUCGCCAUCAGCCACGAGAAGGGAAAGAUCACCAUCCUGCAGCUGUCGGCUCUCUUAAAGCAGGCCGAUUCCAGCAAGAAGAAGUUAACUCUCACGAGACUUUCAUCAGCACCUAUCCCAUUCACGGUUCUGUCUAUUGUGGGUAAUCCGUGCAAUGAAGACUUUCUGGCAGUUUGUGGUCUCAAGGACUGUCACGUUUUGACUUUCACAAGUUCUGGAUCUGUUGCUGACCAUCUUGUGCUUCACCCAUCCCUGGCAACGGGAAAUUUCAUAAUCAAGGCUAUUUGGUUGCCAGGUUCGCAGACAGAACUGGCUAUUGUGACAGCUGAUUUCGUAAAGAUUUACGACUUGGGUUCAGAUGCAAUAAGCCCACAGUUCUAUUUCCUUCUGCCCAGUGGGAAGAUUCGUGACGCGACGUUCUGUUUCACUGAACACGGACAUUACAUGGUUCUGAUGUCUUCGUCUGGGUACAUCUACACCCAGGUCAUGGAGGACAGCAGCAGUGCAAACCUCGGACCAUUCUACAUCACAGACGUGCUAGAGAUGAAACAUGUUGAACUCAAGGAAACCAAUGGCCAGGUAGCUGGUGGAGGUGUGUCUGUGUUCUACUCGCACGCUUUACAGCUCUUGUUCUUCAGCUACUCGCAGGGCAAGAGUUUUGUUGCAGCGGUGUCCAACGACAUGUCUAAUGUUACAAACAUUUUUACCAUCACAUUCAAAAGCUCGAAUGGCAGUGGCAAAGGUGGAAACAACAACCAGCCGCUUGUGCAGUGGUCAGAGAUCAGUGGUCACACUGGCCUGAUCUACUGCAUGGCCCAGACCUCCAACAACCCAGUCGUACUCAUGGUCUCCCCGGAUACCAUCAUGAUGCAGGAGAUCAAAGUGGUGCCAGCCAAGGCAAAGAUCCAGGAUGUGGUUGCCAUUAGACACAUUGCAUCCAACACAGAUCAGCUGAGAACAACGAUGAUUUUGCUUUGCGAGGACGGCAGUCUGAGAAUCUACAUGGCGAACGUUGAAAACACCAACUUCUGGCUCUCUCCAUACCUGCAGCCACAGAGUCCCAUCGCAGUCCUUAAACCUGCAAAAAAGAAGAAAACAAGCAGAUCAGGACGCCCAGUUGGAUUGGUGAACUUCCCAACUGAUUUCUUUGAGCACUGUCAACAGACUAAUGACAUAGAGUUUGGCGGUAAUGAUGUGCUCCAGGUCUACAACAUACAACAAGUCAAACAGAGACUCAACACAAACGGCAUGUACAUUGCCAGCACAAAGCCUGCUGGCUUCACGUUGGAGAUCAACAACACGAACAACUCGACGGUCAUGGUCGGAGUGCGCGUUCUCGUGGGCAGUCAGAGUGCCGAGCGGACUCCGUCAUACCUGGAGGUGUUCGGACGCACCAUACAAGUAAACCUGUCGAGAGGGCGCUGGUUUGACCUGCCGUUCACCAGGGAGGAGUCACUCACAACGGACAAGAAGUUCAAUCUGUUCAUUGGUGCCAGCAUUGAUCCAAAUGGAGUGACUAUGCUGGAUUCUGUGAAAAUAUAUGUGAAAACAAAGGAAGCGUUUGGUUGGCCAGAAGAGACUGAUGAGUUCCCAGAAGCCUCGGCUCCCAAAGCGGCAGUUCCUGUCCCAGCACUGACAUCAUCAACAGACAGUGAUACCUUGCCAUCAGCCCCAUUACCAAUGACAUCAGCCGACAAAUUGUUGAGCAGUGCUUUGGAGGUGCUGGAUGGAGCCUUUGGAGCAAUUUCUUCAGAUGAGAAAGAUCCGAAAAGAGAAAAAGCUCUGGAUCUGGCAACAAGUCUGCUCAAUCUGCCGACACCACCCACCGUCCAGCAGCACACCAAGUCUCUGCUGGCUUCGCUGUUUGACAGCAAACUAUCAUACCAUAACCACAAGGAUCAAGCUCAGCUUGUUCAUGUGAUGCAGAGUCUGUCGAAGGAAGGCAAAGAAAUGGAUGUCGAGGCAUUCCAGAGGCUGGUUGUUACGGCCCGGUCCGUGGCCAUCUCCCGCCCUAUGAACCUGGUCAAGUUCGCUGAGACGGGAGGAAAGAAGGAAGAUGUGCUGGAGGUUGUGGAUGUGGAGGAUGAGAAGGAACACGAGAAACCGAGUGAACCAUCACUGGACAGUUUGUCGAGCAUCGGCACCAGGGACCACUGCCACUUCACAUCUCGGCUGCUGGAGGCAUUCUGGAACCUGCACGAAUCGAAGCCACCCAACCCCAUGCUGGCCCCUGUGUGUCAGCCAGGGUUAGGCCAUGUCGACGCAACCGUCGGGGCCAUUGUUGAAAUCAUCCAUGCUUUCACCAUGUGCAAUCCCGAGGCAGUUCCUAUGGCAACGGAUCACUACGUGAAACUACUGCUGUCAUCAGACCCGCUGGUGAGCUUCGCCAGUCGCCAGGCUUUGAUCCGCGUUCUGCGUCCUCGUCAAAGGAGGAGGCGAGUGUUCAUACCGUCGCCACCUCGGUGCAGUUCUCCUGGUGGAGGAGGUGAAGACGAUGAUGACGAUGACGACGAUGGAAAGAGACACAAGGCGCCUGACACACCUCCGAGAGCGGCUCCAGUCUCUAACAAUGUGGUUGAGCACCAGAACCUCGAACACGAGGGCGAUGAAAUCUAUGAAGUUGUGGAAAGUAACGAAGCCAUGAUCAUAGAAUCAGGAGAAAGCAGCAGUCAUGGAAACCAUUUGCCUAGCCUGGAUGCUCUGUGGGGAGUGGACCGAAAUUUCCCACCAAUAGUGGACAUACCCCCUGAUGCAGAUGAUGAAACCAUGGUCGAACUGGCCAUCGCACUGAGCCUACAAGAUCAGUCCGGUACAAGUGGAAGUUUAAAUCUUCAAAGUCUUGGACUUGCCAGACAAGGACAGAGUACAUCUUCGAUUGAGGAAGGCCCAUUGUCGGAUACGACAGCAUCGGCACCAGGCAGUGAUGAUGAAGUUGGCAGUAAUGCUGCCACAGAGGGCUCAACACUGCGGACAUCUCCAGCGGAGCAAGGCGGGAGUGAGCGAGGUUCGGAAAGUGGAGGCAGUGCUGUCGAUUCUAUUUCAGUGAGUGGUCGUAGCAGUGCGUAUGGUUACUCUGUGCAAGAGGGUGGCACGGCGGGUGCGCGCAGUGAGACGAGCAGUGUGGGGGGGCCAAGCGGCUCCAUGCACCACGAGGUCGACCACGAGGUCCUUCAGUCGGACGCAGACUACGAGGCUCUCUGUCGACUGCAUCACCUUCGACUACAGCUUCUUGAGAGACUGCUACAGUUCCUGCCAGAGAUCAGGAACAUAGGCGGAGUCAGGGCCAUACCAUUCAUGCAGGUAUUGUUGAUGUUGACCUCUGACCUGGAUUCCGAAGAGGACAAGGACCGUGCUGCCCUGGACAGUCUUUUGACUGUGCUACUGAAGGAGCUGGACCUUUCUGGAAAGGAUCUUCAGAAUAUUGAAGUGCGUACCAAGCAUUUUGAAGUGAAGCUGAUUUUGCUGCGAUUUUUAAGUGUUCUGUUAUCAAGGACAAGGACGGGAACAAAAUCAUCUUCAGAGCCAUCAUCGUUUGUGAGCAGCAGCACUGCCACAGCUCUCCUCACCAAGGACUGUAUCCACUACUGUCUGCAGGUUCUCCGCAGCCUUCUGCCGUACUGGAAAAACUUCUCAGCUGAUGAGCAGGAGAAGGGCACCACACCUGGCCAGCUGUUGAUACCCCACCCCAUCAGCCCUCCCCCAGAUAUGUCACCUUUCUUCCUCAGACAGUACGUCAAGAGUCAUGCCAAUGAUGUCUUCGAAGACUACCCUCAGUUGUUUACAGAAAUGGUGCUCAGAUUACCAUACCAGCUGAAAAAGAUUGCUGAUUCGAUGCAGUGUGUUCCAAAUGCAGUUUUUGAACAGAUGUGGCAUUCCAUUCUUUCAGAGUACAUGAUGACUCAGCAGACUCCUUUUGUCAAGAGACAAGUCAGAAAGCCUUUCAGGUACAAGUACUUGGAACAGCUGCGAGACAUGCACGCCAUCGAAUCGCACCUCAACAAUCGUGGUGGAGAUCUGUCUGAAGGGAAUCUUCUUUUUGAUCUCAGCGGUGUGUUAUUAGUUGCCACACGGCGUAGUGCUGCCUGGAUGACACACUGCUUACCAUUGAUUGAACAUUUGAAAGUGUGCUCUGAAAUUGCUACUUCCAGACCACACAACUGGCAGACAUAUUGUGAACAGGCCCAAGAAACUCUGCCGUUCCUGGUAAAGGCGAGCAUCUCUCUGGACGAGGGGAUGGCGCCGACUCUGCUACAGCUGCUGCAGGCCGCACUGUGUGGCGUGAAGCAGAGCGGUCAGCAGAACUUGGCGGCCAGCUCGUCGAGCAGUUCGAGCGCCUCACCGGUCAAACAGAAGAAGGAGAAAAACAAGACAAAGUCAGAAAGCAAGCAGGUCAAACAGGAGAGUGAAGACGUGGAGAAGUUUGACGAGACUCUGUGUGUGACUCUCGUCAAGUUACUCAACAAAGUGCUGGACCGUGAGCUGCUGGUGAAGUUCAUUCGAACGUUUCUGCUGGAGUCGAACAGCAGUGGCAACCGCUGGCUGGCACACAGUCUGGUGCUGCAGAUUUACCGAAACUCGAGCCCCGAUGAGAAAGAAGUUGUGUUGAACAUCAUGUGGGAUUUGUGGGGGGAGCUGCCAGUGUUUGGAAGGAAGGCCACUCAGUUUGUGGACCUGCUGGGCUACUUUGUGCUCAAGACACCAGAUAUUCCAGAUAAAAAGAUUCGAGAAUAUCUGGAGAAAGCAGUGUGUGUUUUGAGAGAAGAAAACCAAGUUCUUUCCAAUCACCCAAAUGCGACUAUUUACAACAUGCUGCAGGGCCUGGUGGAUUUUGAUGGCUACUACCUGGAAAGUGAUCCUUGUCUUGUCUGCAACAACCCAGAGGUUCCCAAUUCAAAUCUCAAGUUAUCGGCGGUGAAGGUGGAUUCCAAGUUCACAACGAGUACCCACAUCGUGAAGCUGGUCGGAAGUCACUCCAUCUCCAAGAUAUCUCUCCGAAUCAGUGACCUCAAGCGCACAAAGAUGGUGAAAGCACUCAAUAUCUACUACAAUAAUCGCACUGUGCAAGCUGUGGUUGAACUUAAAAACAGACCAGGACUGUGGCACAAGGCAAAGAAAGUCACCUUAACAGCUGGCCAAACCGAUGUUAAGGUGGAGUUUCCCAUCCCUAUAGUGGCGUGCAACCUGAUGAUCGAGUACACGGACUUCUUCGACAACCUGCAGGCGACCGCGGAGACGCUGCAGUGUCCCCGGUGCAGCGCGUCGGUGCCAGCCAACCCGGGAGUGUGUGGGAACUGUGGAGAAAAUGUCUACCAGUGCCACAAGUGCAGAGCCAUAAACUAUGAUGAAAAGGACCCAUUCUUGUGCAAUGCUUGUGGCUUCUGUAAAUACGCCAAGUUCGACUUCACCCUGGUAGCCAAACCGUGUUGUGCUGUUGACCCUAUUGAAAAUGAGGAAGAUCGUAAAAAGGCCAUCUCGACGAUCAACUCGAUGCUGGAGAAGGCCGACAAGAUCUACAAACAGCUCCAGACUCACAGACCCCUGCUGGAGAACCUGCUCAUACAGGUCAUAGAACACAGCACGGAGAGACUCGGGGAUGACAUGCCGACAAGUGGUUCAGGUGGUGUUCCAGCAUGUAGUGUUAACAAGGCCAUUCAGCUCCUGGCACAGAAGUACUGCAUGGAGUGCAAUUCAUCCUUUGAUGAACUCAGCAAGAUCAUUCAGAAAGUGUUGGCGUGCCGCCGGGAACUCGUUGAGUAUGACAGACAACAGAGGGAGGCUGUAGCCCUGAAAGGAAAAGAUAUAUUUGCUGGUAGAAAACUGAGCAAAGUGGUCGAGGUUCCAACAUGUUCAACACCCGUCUCCCAGAAACACAAGGACAGCUGCCGGUCGAGCAACUGUUACGGUUGUGCCAGUGCAGCUGUCGAACACUGCAUCACUCUGCUGCGAGCCCUUGUCACCAACACCAACAUGAGACAGAUACUCUGUACUCAGGGCAUGAUUCAGCAGCUGAUUGACUACAACUUGAGACAUGGAACGCUGACCGUGCGCAAUGAGGUCAGGUCACUGCUGUGUUUACUGACGAAGGACAAUCGACGUGGAACUGAAGAAAUGAACAAUCUGAUUAUGACACGAAUCACUGCCGCGAUUAAAGGCCAUCAGUCAAAUCCAGACCUGGGAUCUUCAGUACGACAUGAGAUUCUGCUGUUAGCCAGUUCCCUGAACCAGGAUGACUCCUGCUGGGAACAGAGAGUUCGAUGUGUCAUGCGACUGUUUCUGAUGGGGAUGAAUAUGAAGUCGCCAGUUAUCAUGGAAAGCAUUACGUUGCCAUGUCUCAGAAUUCUGCAGAGCCUUGUCAACUAUGAGGCACCAGCGACUAAAAGCACAUAUCGGUCUAGUCCUGAAGGGGACAUCUUGGAUAGCUACCUGCCAGCUAAAUUCCACAUGAACGUGAAGAAGUGGUUGGCUGGUGACCCCAGAUACUCCUACCAGAACUGGCAGAAGAGACUGCCAAAACGAGGCCCAGUUGAGCCAAUUGACAAGAAGAAAGAGGCCAGGAAGGAGGUUCGAGCCCGGUACCUGAUGGAGAAGUACGGCACCCGGUGGCAGCAGAAGAUGUGGAAGACUCCAGCGAUCCAGCUCAAGCUCAAUCAGACCACGUGGCUGCAGCAGGCGAUGUUUUCACCGUCAUCGCGGUCCGCGCGUCAGACCGCGUGCAGCAUCAUCGAGGCCAUCGCCAAGGUGCCCAGUCGCAGGAAGGAAGUGAUGGACAUGACUACACGUUGUUUGGACCUGGUUGGCAGUAGUGGUGAGUGUGCCAGCAACUUCCUCCGACUCUACAAGAAUCUGCUGGCUCCUGAUCAGUGGAAAUACUACCUGGCCAUCAAAGGGGUGCCGCUGCAUCUCGGUGAUCUCAUUACAAAGGAAGUGGAAUACAUACAAUACCUUGAGGAGAUUACACUAAAUUCUGACCUUGCCCAGGGCUUUGCACUGAAAUCCUUAACAGAGCUGCUGUCGUUGUUUGUGGACCAGGAAAAUCUGAAACAGCACUACAAAAACAAGUUGGUUGGCUACAUCUUGAAUGGUUACCUCUCUCUCCGCAAGCUGGUGGUGCAGCGGACAAAACUGAUCGACGAAACACAGGAGAAAAUGCUUGAACUCUUGGAAGAAUUAACAACUGGGACCGAGUCGGAAACGAAAGAGUUCAUGUCUGUGUGUGUGCAAACUGUGAAGAAAUAUCCACUCGACGACUACAGAUCCCCGGUGUUCAUCUUCGAGAGACUCUGUAGCAUCAUUUACCCCGAAGAGAACGAUGUGAACGAGUUCUUCACCAUUCUCGAGAAAGAUCCGCAACAGGAGGACUUCCUGCAGGGAAGGAUGCUGGGUAAUCCGUACAGCUGUAACGAGCCGGGCAUGGGACCCCUGAUGAGGGACAUCAAGAACAAGAUCUGUCAAGACUGCGAGUUAGUAGCUCUUUUAGAAGACGAUACAGGAAUGGAGCUAUUGGUGAACAAGAAGAUCAUAAGCCUGGAUUUGCCAGUUAAAGAAGUGUACAAGAAAGUCUGGCUGCCCGAACAUGGAGAGGGUGAGCCAAUGCCCAUCACGUACAGGAUGAGAGGUCUGCUUGGUGAUGCUACGGAGGACAUGGUUAACUCGUUCGACUCAAAGUCAGAGGAAGACAUUGAUAAAGAGGAGGUUUUCAAGAUGGGGCUCGUACUAAAGGACUGCGGAGGACUACAUAUUAUGCUGGAAAGAUUGUCAUCGAUCAAGGAUCUUGUUCUUGGUAAACAACUGAUGGUGGUCUUACUGAAGCUGUUCGGGUUUGCAGUCAAUGUGAAGGUCAACAGACAGGAGCUCAUCAAGCCAGAGAUGGACACAAUCAACAUUAUGCUGGGUGCUCUCAAUCUGGCUCUGUGGACGGAACAGGAAGGAGGUACGAGUGCUGCCAAGGGGCAGACAAUCACGGAGCAGAUUCUUCAGAUUAUGGAGGUUAUACUACUGGAAGCGAGUCAGCAACCUCCUCAGCAGUACACUGAGUUCAGCAAGCGGUGUGGCGACAAGGACCAGCUGAUGAUGUUACUGGAGCGUAUCAACAGUCCCGUCGUCCGUAACAACACCAGCAUCCUGCAGGCGCUGAUGCGUCUGCUGCCAUUCCUGGCAUUCGGGGAGGACGACAAGAUGAUAGCUCUUCUCAAUCACUUCAAGCCGUACUUGAACUUUGACCAGUUUGACUUGGAGAGUAAUCAGGAUGAACAGGUUCACUUAAACUGUUUCUGUGUCGUGGCAUCUGCAAUUGAGAGCAAUGCUAAUGGCAUACGGCUGAAGAAUGUGAUUUUGGAGCACGGAAUAGUACAGAAAUCUGUCGACUACAUCCUCACUCACUCCCCUCCUAUCAAGACAUUGCUGGCAACUGAUUCUGAAGUGUGGAAAGAGUUUAUUGGGAAGCCAUCACUUACAUUUGUGCUUCGUCUUCUCACAGGAUUGUGCACAAAACACACUGCAACACAGGACCUGAUUGCAAACAACUGUAUAUCAAUACUUCACAAGCUGGAGCAGGUGUCGUCCGACAAGAACGUUGGAACCUUAUCGGAGAACCUACUGGAUGCUCUCAAAGGAAACGAAUCUGCAGCUCAAAAGAUUGAAGAAAUCCGUGAUCAGACGAAGGCAGAAAAGAAACGUUUGGCUAUGGCUGUACGGAAGAAGCAGCUGGGCGCUUUGGGAAUGACGACCAAUGAGAAGGGGCAGGUAACUGUGAAGAGCUCUGUUUUGAAACAGAUGGAGGAACUCAAAGAGGAGACCGGUCUAACUUGCUGUAUAUGCAGGGAAGGUUACCGCUACCAGCCACAGAAGGUCCUUGCUGUUUACACAUUCACAAGACGAACAAAUCUGGAUGAUUUUGAGAACAAAUCUCGGAAAACUGUUGGCUACACGACGGUGUCGCACUUCAACGUCAUCCAUGUUGACUGCCAUGCUGCUGCCGUCAGGCACGCCCGUGGUCGAGAGGAGUGGGAGAGUGCUGCCCUGCAGAACGCCAACACCAAGUGUAAUGGGUUGCUCCCACUGUGGGGGCCACAGGUGCAGGAAUCGGUCUUUGCAACAUGCUUGGCCAGACAUAACAACUAUCUGCAGGAGUGUACAGGAGUGCGUGACCCAAGUCACCUGUACACAGUUCAUGACAUCAAAAUGUUACUGAUGCGUUUUGCCAACGAGAAAUCGUUUAGUGAUGAAAGCGGUGGUGGGGGGCGACAAAGCAACAUGUAUGUGCUGCCCUACAUGAUACACAUGGCCCUGUAUGUCAUCAACACUACAAGGUCUGCAACUCGAGAUGAGAAGAGUGUAAAAAAUUUCCUCGACAUGGCAAAAGAAAAAUGGGUGGAGAAUUGUUUUGAGUCGGAUGGGCCGCUGUACUUCACGGUGUUGUCCAUGCUGGUGCACCCACCAGACAAGUGGCAGGAACACCGCAUCACCUUUCUCCGACGCCUGCUUAUUGUCGCACACUGUCGACACGUCUGUCAAGUCGGCGCUAAAACUGUUCCAAUUGACAAAAAGACACCAUUAGAAUACACCGUCUACAAACAAACUCUGCUGUUCUUUGGAAUGGUGAAUGCACUCUAUGAAGAAAUGUUCACGAAAGUGACGUUUUCAAGUGGAGUUUCAUGGAGCAGUGCCCUUGCUGAGUAUAUUCGACACAACGACCGGCCUGUGUUGGACUCGUGUGAGAAAAUCCUUGGCCUGUACCAAACCGAGAUGCUGCCAUGUGAAUCAUUUGGAGAGUUUCUGGAUAUGAUUGGUCUUUUGAGUGAAAUCAGUGACCCUACAGAGUUCAUUACAAAACUGCUGGCUGCUCUACCUUAGCUGGACAGAUUCAUUCUGUGGAAUGCUGUUGAUUAGCAUCAGUUACAAUUACUUGUGUUGAAAACGUGGAUUUCUUCUUAAAAGAUUCCAUUCAACUGAACAGUUUUGUUUUGUGCUUUGUGGCUUUAAGCUGAUCCAUGUUGUUUAUGGUAUGAUAAAACGGUUUUUUUUUGUAGUUAAAACAGGUUAUGUUUUUGGUGACUACUGUUUGAAACAUUUUUGUGUAACAGAAUAUUAUUGUCUGUAAUAGUUGACAUUAUUGUAUUUGGGUCAUGGCUAAUUAAUAUAAUUAUUGUAUGAAAAGCAAAAUGCAAAACAGUUGUACUUUAAAAUUAAUUUUUGUUAAUUCAUUACGUUGUAUGCAUUAAUUUUUUUUUUAAAAUGUAUGCCUUAAAUUGAAUAUGCUUGAUUUAAAACUUACGCAGAUUUUGCAUUUAUAAAUGUUUUGUUUAAGAAAAACACUACUAACUAUUUAACCUAUCAUUUAUAGCAAUACAUGUACUAUUGUAUAAAUGGGGUACACCAUCAAUAUGAUAUUAGAUCAAAUAGUGUGCAAUACCUUAUGUAAUUAAUAAUUAGAUAAACUAUGAAUAUACAUUCUAAAGAAUUCAGCUUUUUGGUGGGGGGUUUUCUCACAUUUAUCUGUAUUGAAAUUAAUUUCCAUUAUUUGUCUUGUUAUAAGGAUGGCUUAUUCACAUACUGGAUCAUAUUCAUUUUACUGGACACUUGAACUGAAGCUGUGAAGGCAUUGUGUUGUUACAAAGCUCAGACAUGACUGUUGGUAGUUGAAGGUCUUAUGAACCACUUAAUUUCUUGAGUAACAUAUUUUUUUUAUGAACUCUCUUAGAUAGAAGCACAAAUAUUUUUCCCAAAUCAAAAAGUGAAUAUACAAUAAAUUAUUUAAUUAGAGAACAGUGAGCUUAUUUCUGUUAGUGCACUCGAUUGUGUUAUUUUUCUGUAUGAACUAAAGCCUCAUAGCUUGUAUAUCAAAGACAAUGGUAUGUGUUGUCCUGUCUGUAGAAAAUUGCAUAUUAAAAGUGCCUCAAGUCUGUUAGAAAAGGAAUGUAUGGCAUAUUCUAACAUUCCUCAUGUUCGCUUUUGUUAAUUUUAGCCAGUAUUCAGAUUUAAUAUUUAGAAAAUUGUUAAUCAUUUCAACACUUAAUUAAUGUUUAUUAAUUUUUAAAGAGGUUUUUGUAAAUUGAAUUAAUACUAACAUAUGAUGCAGUUUGCUAAAGUGUGUUAUGUCAGUAGCGAAGAGUAUGCAUCGUAUUUAAUGAAAAUACGUCAAAUAAAAUAAAUUUAAAGGUUUGUCAUAUUUUGGUGUGGGUUUUUUUUUUUUGUGGUUUUUUAAACCAACAAUAGCAUUGGUUAUAAAUUUAUCUAAAUCUUAUGUCAUAAAGUUAAAAUGUCAUAGUCAACACUGGUACAUUCUGCAGUUUCAAAUUAUCUUUUGUCUAAGCCAAAUAUAGUUGCCCACCUCUCGUACUUUUAACACCUAGAGCAGAAAAACUGACUGACACUAAAUAGAGCAACUGUACUGACUAAAAACCCAUUUGUGCAUUAGCUUUUGCCUUUGUCUAAUGACACCAGGUUUUUACUAAUUAAUAUAGCCUAACUGGGUGAUACAUAGACUUGUUAAUUGACUAGGCUAGUGGUUCAAAGCUGAACAAUGUUCCUACAUCAUCAUAGUUUGUUAACAAUACCUUGAGCAUCACUUGAAGAAAUUCUGACACAAGCAUAUAGUAAUGGCAUUAUUACCAUCUGGAGAUGGCUUUGAUAUUUGAAUCUACUGCAUACAAUAUUGAGAUAGUUUAGAUAUAAAUACAAGUGAUAUUUUUUAUUUGCUUUUGCUUUGGAUAUCUGUAUAGAUUUGCUCAUAGUAACCAAAAUGUAUUGUAAUUAAUUGGGUACAUUUUCCACCCCAAGAUUUGCUUUUACAGUAAUGUGCAGAAAUGCAACAAAAUGCUUUAUGGCUCAUUUAAUUUCAGAUGGUUUUUAAUGGGUGGGGGACAUGAUCCUCGACCCCCUCAAGUGUUGAGCAGACACUUUGAAUACCUGGCUGUGUCCAUGAAUGGAUCAUUGAAUUAAACUUUAAUAAUCUUUAAAAUGUUGACAAUGCCCCCACCUCCUCCUUCACAACUUAAACUUUUGUUUGUGUAAUUUGAUAUUGAAACAUUCAAAAUGACCGGUUGAAUAAAUAUAAUGAAUUUGAAAGGUUACUUGAAACAUGUUUUAUUUGUCUUGGGUUUUUUUAACUUGUUUUUGUUCUUUAAUUGAAUUUAUCUAAUAUAUUUAUGUUAAAUGUAUGUUUUCAUGGAUGACUUGUAGUAAUGAUGUAUACCACAGAGUAAUUUUUGGUAGUAUUUUACUCAGAACUAAACUGAUUGGCACAUCCUUGUGGCCAAUUUUGAUCAAUCAAAUCAGACUACCUAUAGUUAAAAAGAAUUCUUCUACAAUAACUAAUCAAAUCAAACUGUGCUGAUCGUUAGAAUAUCCGUUCUCUGUUUGGACAUUGUUACUACAAGUGUGCCCUGAGAAUGCAGGUUAUGAGGGCUGGAUAUUUGUUUAGCAGUUCUAUGUUAGAUUGCUGCUUUCAAAUGAUGACUGUUGUGAUUUUCUUUUUCUUCUCACUGCAGUGUUAAUUGUACAAUAAAUAUUGUCUGCCAGAA